CUAAUUGUUUGAGGGGAAAGGCUAUACUGCAUACACAAGAAACGAGCUUGACUGCUUUUGCGCGUUUGGUCCAACCACCAGCAGACUAAUUUGCUUGCUGUUCCUGAAAAUGAGCACCCAAAUUCUUGGGAGAACGCCGGACGGCAUAUCUCUGCUGACUGUGGGCUCACAGGAUCAGCAGCAGCUGUGCGGGUCCGGGGCGCCUAUUUUGUGCUCGGGGGAUGGCGCACAGCUGGUCGCGCUGGGUCCGGGCGCAGUCAAGCUUGUGGACAUCUCCAGCGCGCAGGAGGCCUCAUCGCUGCCUGAGGACGCGGUGGUCUUGUCCGCCUUCUCCUCGGGGGGUGGCUACCUGGUCACCGCGCAGCGGCCCGGCAAGGCCGCUGACGGCAGCAUGUCUAAGAACCUCAAGGUGUGGGAGGUAGCGAGCGGCAAGUGCCUCUUCUCCAUCGCGCACAAGCAGGUGGCCAAGGACAACUGGCCGGUGCUGCACUGGGCGCCCCACGACUCGGCUUUUGUGUACAUGGUCACAAACACCGUGCAUGUGUACAGCCGCAAUGACAACUUCGCCACCUACCGCAAGGUGACCAUCAAGGGCAUCGGCGGCCUGGCGCUGAGCCCCGUGGCGGCCCCCGGCGGCGGCCUGCCGCAGCUGGCGGCGUUCCUGCCCGAGGCCAAGGGCACCCCGGCCGGCGCGGGGCUGUACGGGCUGGAGGGCAGCCCCGAGCCCACCGCCACAGUGCGCAAGAGCUUCUUCCGGUCGCAGGGCGCUCAGCUGAUGUGGAACAGCCUGGGCACGGCCUGCCUGGUGCUGAGCUAUGCCGACUACGACGCCACCAACCAGUCCUACUACGGCGAGCAGAAGCUGCAUUACCUGCCUGCAGACCCAGCCAAGGCCGAGGAUGCAGUGACUGUGCCGCUGCCCAAGGAGGGCCCGGUGCACGACGUGCAGUGGUCGCCGGCGGGCGACUACUUCAUCGCGGUGGCCGGCUUCAUGCCCGCCAAGGUGACACUGUUCAACGCGCUGUGCAAGCCGGUGUACGACCUCGGCAGCGGACCCUACAACCUGGUGCGCUGGAACCCCUUCGGCCGCUUCUUCGCCAUCUGCGGCUUCGGCAACCUUCCGGGUGACAUCAUGCUGUUUGACAAGAAGACCAGCGGCAGCUGCAAGCAGAUGGGCGCUGUGCGCUCGCCCGCCGUCAGCGCGGAGUGGAGCCCCUGCGGCCGCCUGCUGCUCACUGCCACCACCGCGCCGCGCCUGCGUGUGGACAACAACGUCAAGGUCUUCACCUACUACGGCGAGCAGAAGGCGCACGUGCCCUUCGCGACGCUGCUGGACGCGGCGUGGCGGCCCGUGGCCAAGGACACCUACCAGGACCGGCCCCAGUCGCCCGAGCGGCUGUCCGCCGCCGCAAAGGGCGAGGUGGCCACGUCAGCACCCACCAAGCCCUCCUACGUGCCGCCACACCUGCGCGCCGCCGGCGUGACCUCCACCGCCGCGGUUUCCUCGGGCGCCAAGUUCUCACUCGCACGCGACGACGACGACCGGCCGGGCAAGAUCGGCGCCGCGGGCGGGCGCAGGACAGUGCUGCCGCCGGGCGCGGAGUUUAUUGCGGGCGGUGGCAACGCCAAGGCAGCGAGCAAGAACGCCAAGCGCCGCGCCAAGAAGAAGGCCGGGGAGGCCAGCGGCGAGGGAGACGAGGGCGAGGAGGCGGGCGGGGCCGAGGGCGCGGAGGCGGCGACUGCGGCGCUGGCGUCGAGCUCUCUGCAGGAUGCGGCAGCAGCGGCGCCGUUGAGCGAUGAGGAGGCGCGGCAGAAGCGCAUCCGCGCGCUGCAGAAGAAGCAGCGGCAAAUCCAGGAGCUCAAAGACAAGCGGGCGGCGGGAGCCACCAUGACUCCGGAGCAGCUGGAGAAGCUGGCGGGCGAGGCGGCGCUGAUGCAGGAGCUGGCUAGCCUGGGGGCGUGAGGGGCGUGAGGGGCGGCCGGGGCCUGUAGCUAGCCGGCAUGGGGAGCAGCAGCCAGCAGGAGGGCGCCGAGGAGGGCGCUGAGGAGGAGGAUGAGGAGGAGGGGGGCUUGGAGCAGGGCUUGGAGGAGGGCUUGGAGAAGGAGUGGAGCAGGAGCACGGCGUGUGGUGAGGGCUUGGGGAGCACCAGCAAUGAAUAUGCGCCUGAGCAGCAGCUGGCAUGAGGCGAGCGUGGGCGCAAGGGACUCAGGAGGACUUGAUGACGACAACGACGGCAAUCAGUUGCGGGACAAGUUGCAGGAUGGAACGUGCUGGCAUUUGCUGGAGGAUGCUAGGAAAGAGGGAUGUCCGGAUGUGGCAACGACGGGGCAGCGGAAUGGACCAGACAAGCACAGGGGUCUGUUACCGGAGUGCUUUCUGUGUGGGGCACACGGCGGUCGGCGACAAUGACUUGCGGUGCGUGCACUGUUGCGGUACGUGUAGGAUGUGGAAUGCUGGCAUUGCUAGAGGAGGAAGGAUGCUGGGACAAAAGGGCUGGCCGGACCAAGGGCCGGCCUAACUUCGCCAGUGUGGCCGCGUGUGGCAGUGGGCGCGCGGCAGGCGCUGUGCUUAGAGCUGCUCUGCAAGGCCAGCAGAACGUUUUCGGCACAAGCCGGUCCCAAGCGCGAUAUGGCGAUGCACGAAGGGGCAGGGGAAGUGAACCGGACCAUUUAGGUACCUGUGCCGUCCCAGGUCCAGAGCAGGGUGUUCGUUCUCCACGUCACUGGCUCGUGAACUGCGUCAGCAGGUCCCUCUUGUAACCAAUGCAAUCU